AUGAACAUGAUCCCCAACACUAAUCCUCAUCCACCCCUUCUCAGCGUUAACCAGGAGUGGACAGAGGUUAUUGCAUCGCAAUACACUGCGAGUGAGCUGCUGGGACAAGGUAACUUCAGCUAUGUGUACGCUGGAGUUCGUAAUGUGGAUUGGAAACAGGUUGCUAUUAAGUGUGUGGCCAAGACUGUCUACAGCAAAAACAUCACCAUUCCCGGUGGGACGCAAACUCUGCCUCUGGAGGUAGCCUUGAUGCAGAUGCUGUCCGUGCCGCCUCGCUCAAGGAAUGUGGUGGAGCUGCUGGAAUGGUUUGACCUGUCCGAUUGGGUCGUCUUGGUUCUGGAGCGACCCAGUCCCUGCAGUGACCUGCAAGAGUUUUGUAUAUGUAACAAUGGUCUACUGUCUGAAUCAUUGGUUCGAAAUAUCAUGUGGCAGGUGGUUCAGGCGGCCCGUCACUGCUGUAACAAUGGUGUUUUUCACCGAGACAUCAGGCCUGAGAACAUUCUGAUCAACACAGACACAAUGGUAGUGAAGUUGAUCGACUUUGGCAAUGGGGACUUGUUAAAGGACUCCCCUUACAGAACUUUUGCAGGAACUCCACCAUAUUGUCCUCCCGAGUGGCUCCAUGAGGGAAAGUAUCUGGGACGUCCUUCUACUGUCUGGAAUCUUGGUGUGCUCCUGUUCUACUUGGUCUGUGGACACGUGCCCUUUAUGAACAGUGAUCAAAUUAUAAAUGGGAUUAUACCUAUAUGUCAUCAUGUGUCUAAAGAAUGCUCUGAUCUGAUAUCUUUGUGCCUGAAAAAAGACCCUCGCUCUCGGCCGACGUUCGAGGACAUCAUCAGACACAAGUGGUUUACAAUGCAGCUUUAG